AUGGGGAGUCCAUUUGGAAGCGCAAGUCCGCGCAACGUGUUCAAAGGAGCCAGGGGACCAAUGUUUCCACUGACUACGAUUCGCGAUGAUGUCAGAAUCCAUUGUAUGGUUCUCGAAAAGCUCGGUGUGCGACAAGUCUGCAUGGCAGUCGGACACUCCAUGGGUGGUAUGCAUGCGCUUGAAUGGGCUUUCCAAGGCGAUUUUGUGCGAUCAAUUGUUCCCAUUGCAGCCACAGGGGCGCAGAGCGCCUGGGGGAUUGCCUGGGCAGAGGCUCAGCGGCAAAGCAUUUUCAGCGACAAAGAUUACCAAGACGGGUGGUAUUCACAGCGCAAGCCACCGAUUCGAGGUCUCCGGGCGGCCGGAAUGUGCGCUUUGUUAACUCGUCGAAGCAAAUCAGCAGUUGAGAGAUCAAGGUAUUCCUCAUUUGGCACCGAAUUGGCCUCUGGGAACACUAGCGAUAACGGGUCGCCGUCCGGAAAAAUGUUACCGGUGCCAUCAGACACACACAAGGAUAGUGACUCCUUCGCCCGUCAAUUUGAUGCAAAUUGUUACAUCGCUCUCACGAGGAAAAUGGAUACACAUGAUGUUGGACGCGGCCGAUCUAUAAAUGAAUCAGUUCAGGAUGCACUUGCCACGAUACAACAGCCAACACUUGUCAUCGGGGUAACGUCUGAUAUCCUCCAUCCAAUUCAGGAGCAGCGCGAACUCGCAGAAUCAAUACCAAAUAGUCGACUGUGUAUCAUUGAAAGUUCAGAUGGUCAUGAUGCUGUUUUGUCGAGUGCAGCCCCAUAUCUGAACAAGACAAUAUUGGAAUUCCGGAAAGAAGUUUUACCUGACAUAGUCGAUGACUAG